AUGACUGAUAAUGGCAGCAACGGUACGAGUCGUGAUGGAAAUAAUUCGGGCAAUACAAAUACUGGAUUAUUGGUCCAAGAACUUGGUGACCAGAGUGUGCUGGCCAAUCUGCUCACUAACAUUUUGGGCAGACAUCAAGAGACUCAACAACGUCAAAUGGAUAUUCUGGAGCGCGUUGUAAAGAAUGAUAGCCACCGGAGUGGAGUUGGGGAAUUUCAAAAACUCAAGCCGCCCUCAUUCUCCGGGACUGCUAAUCCGCUUGAAGGGGAAGACUGGAUCACCGCUAUGGAGAAAGCAUUUGAGGCUAUGGGCUGCACCAACGAAGAGAAAGUCAUUUAUGCAGUUUAUAUGCUAAAAUCAAGCGCUUUUGAAUGGUGGGAUGCUCACAAAAAGUCUUACCCGGAGGGUACUCCCCUGACAUGGAUAUUGUUCAAAGAGGCGUUCUAUAAAAAGUAUUUUCCAGAAAGCAUCAAACGCAUCAAAGAAAGGGAGUUUCUUGAGCUUAAACAAGGGAACAAAUCUGUAGGAGAAUAUGAAAUUGAAUUCUCUAGACUUGCAAGAUUUGCUCUAGAGUUCGUCCAGACUGAUGGCUCCAAGGCUCGACGCUUCGAGAGCGGUCUACGUCAACCACUUAAGCGGCGUGUGGAAGCCUUUGAGUUAAAUACUUUUAGAGAUGUGGUGAAUAAAGCCCAGUUGUUGGAAAAGGGAUUUCAAGAGGAAAAGGGUGAUGCUGAUUUUGACAUAAUACUUGGCAUGGACUGGUUGCAAGAGUAUAGAGCCACUAUUGACUGCUAUGAAAAACAAAUUACACUCAGACUUGAUGGUCAAGUAGAGAUUGUGUAUCAGGGUGAUAAAAAGAGCCAGUCACAGACUCUUAUGACAAAAUUAGACAAGAAGGAAAUCAAUAUCAAGGAUAUUCCAGUGGUAAAUGAAUUUCCUAAUGUCUUUCCGGGAGAGUUGCCGGGACUACCACCGGAUCGAGAAAUUGAAUUUGCUAUCUUAUUGAUCCCGGGAACCAAACCAAUCUACAAGGCACCUUAUAGGAUGGCACCUGCAGAACUUAAGGAGCUAAAAGUACAACUCAAAGAGUUGGAGGAUAGGGGUGAUAUCCCCAAGACCGCUUUUCGCACCCGCUAUGGACACUAUGAGUAUCUAGUGAUGCCCUUCGGUUUGACCAAUGCUCCUGCGGCUUUCAUGGAUUUAAUGAAUCGAGUCUUCAAGCCUUAUUUGGAUCAAUUUGUGAUUGUGUUCAUUGAUGAUAUUCUUAUAUAUUCAAAGACGGAGGAAGAGCAUUCAAUGCAUCUAAAAAUUGUGCUACAAAUACUGCUGGAACAUAAAUUAUAUGCCAAGUUAAAGAAAUGUGAUUUCUGGAUGAAUAAAGUUCCUUUCCUUGGCCAUAUAAUCUCAGAAGAAGGGAUAUCAGUAGAUCCUGCAAAAGUUCAAGCGGUGGCAGAGUGGCAAAGGCCCUCCACUGUAACUGACAUUCGAAGUUUCCUUGGGCUGGCGGGGUACUGCCGCCGAUUUAUAUUGAACUUUGCAAAAAUUGCUGCACCUUUGACUCAUCUAACAAAGAAGGGAAUUAAGUUUGAGUGGUCAGAUGAGUGUGAGAAAAGCUUUCAAGAAUUAAAGAAUCGACUUGUCUCAGCCCCAGUUCUUGCUUUGCCUGUCGGUGGGGAAGAAUUCACCAUCUACUGUGAUGCCUCAAAAAUUGGGCUUGGGUGCGUACUUAUGCAAAGGGGGAAAGUUAUUGCUUAUGCAUCUCGCCAGCUAAAACCAUAUGAACAAAAUUAUCCAACUCAUGAUAUGGAGCUAGCAGCGGUAAUUUUUGCUCUAAAAAUCUGGAGGCAUUAUCUUUAUGGAGAACAUUGUGAGAUAUUUACUGAUCAUAAAAGUUUAAAAUAUAUAUUCACACAAAAAGAGUUGAACAUGAGGCAAAGAAGGUGGCUAGAAUUACUGAAGGAUUACGAUGUUAAUAUUAACUAUCACCCAGGAAAAGCCAACAUAGCAUUGGGAACAAAAUUGGACUUUAGUACUGCAUAUCAUCCGCAAAGCGAUGGACAAACCGAACGAGUAAAUCAAAUUGUGGAGGACAUGCUCAGGAGACUUGGUAUAUUUGAAAGUCUCUCCAAUGAAAGGAGUUAA